UCAAUCAGCAUUAAACUGCCAGUAGCGAAUUAAAUAUUGGGGUGGCCAAUCAGAUGUCAGGGGUGUCCAGUGCCACCCCGGCUCCGCCCCUGGCUACAAGGUCCCUAUUUUACAAUUACAUAGGCUAGUCGAAAGUUGACCAAAUAAUGAAAAGGGCUGUCCGCUAGCCUCAAUAAAUACACAAAUAUUUAUAGUUGAACAAGUCUUUGCAUGUAUACAUGUCUUUUUUUUUUUAACUUGACUUGAGGCUUGACUUGAAAACAUGACUACUCGACUUGACUUGCUCUUAGAAUGCACGAAUUAGACUUUACUAGAGUCUUGACCAGUUAUUCUUGUGACUCGAAUUGAGACUCGGACCUUGUGACUUGAGACUUGCAUGUGACUCAAAUAAUAGUCACUUGGUCCCGCCUCUGAAAAUCUCUAAUGUGAAGCCGACAACGUUGCCUGCCAUUAUGUCAGUCCAUGACAUGCGAGUCCAAUUACAUUUUUACCUUUCCAAAUUAUUACAAGGCCUGCAAAAAAAUAUAAGAAAAAAAGGAACGCAAUGCAACAAUGUGUGGGCCAGAAAAAGUCUCUCUCCUCACUAUCAAUUGUUUCUGCAGUGAUGAAUUACAAUCUUCAGAUCAUGUUUUUAUAACCUAUCAUCCGCAGAUAAUCGUUGUCUGAAGCUCAAAAAGAAGUAUAAACAUUAUUCAAAUCAGGGAGCCAAAUGAACGGCUCUUUCACAGAUGCGAUUCGGUCCCCGACGUUCACCAAAAAGAGCCGUUCAAAAAGAGCCGUUCGUUCGCGAACGACCCAUCACUGACACUUUGUACCCUUCAGGAGCUUCUGCUUUUCAAAACGUGGUGUAUGAAUAUUCGUCAAAUUGUAUAUGCAGAGGACACGGGUCUGUAAACAUUCUGUUUGGCAGAAUAUCCCGGGAGUGCACAACGCUGGCGAAAAUGGAGGGGUUUCUACAGAGAUGUAGCGCUGCAUUAAAGGGCAGUUCGGAGGGCAGCUCUGGGAUCCACGUUGUCCUUGGCAACGAGGCCUGUGACCUCGACUCCAUGGUGUCGUCCCUCGCCUUCGCCUACUUUCUGUCCACAGCGUCUGGCAGCUCGUGUAAGACUGUGGUGCCAGUGCUGAACAUCCCGAGGGCCGAGUUCCCCCUACGUUUAGACAACGUGUUCCUGCUGAAGGAGAGCGGGGUUCCAUCAGAGGCUCUGGUGUUCCGUGACGAGGUGGACCUGGCAGGGCUCCAUAGAGCCAAGAGGCUGGUUCUCUCCCUAGUGGACCACAACGUGCUUCCUAGUGCCGACAUUGACUUGGAGGAGGCAGUUGUGGAAGUCAUUGAUCACCACCACCUCGAGAGGACACCCUCUACUUCCUGUUCGGUCACCAUGGAAACCGUGGGUUCCUGUGCCACCUUGGUGACAGAGUACAUUCACCACAAGGCACCUGAAGUGCUAGACAGACAGGUGGCCCAAUUAUUAUACGGGGCCAUUGUGCUGGAUUGUGUCAACAUGGCCCCAGAGGCGGGCAAGGUCACACCAAAGGACAGCCUUCUGGCCUGCCUACUGGAGUCGCGCUUCCCAGACCUGCCACCCAGGGGUGCCCUCUUCCAGUCCCUACAGAGCGCCAAGUUUGACAUCUCAGGUCUUUCUACAGAGCAGAUCCUGCUGAAGGACAUGAAGGCUGUCUCCGAAGGCGACCUGAGACUGGCAGUCAGCGCUGUGUACAUGACACUAGAUAUGUUCCUACAGCGGAAGAGCCUACAACGGGAGCUUUGUGAGUUCUGUCACAAACAUCGUUUUGGUGCGGUGGUCGCCAUGACAAUCUCUUUCAAUGAACGCAGCGAGCCCCAUCGGCAGCUGGCGGUCUACAGCUCCAGCACCCUCUAUAGGGAGGAGGUGAGUCAAGCAUUAGAAAAGGCCCGGAACCCCUCUCUGUGCAUCUCUCCAAUGAGCAGCCCCUUCAACGACAUCAAGUCCUAUCUCCAAGGCAAUGCGCUGGCCUCCCGCAAGAAAGUGCUACCUAUCCUCAAGGACUUCCUGAAGGAGUGGGACAAGAAGCAAGUGCAUUGUGGGGAGACGGAGGACUUUGAGGAGCUGGACAACCACUUUGACCCCACGGGGUCGCCUGGAAUCGACGGAGACUCCCGCCCCCACUGCUUCUCGGCCUCUCGGCACCACCGUCGCCGCCUGUUGGGCGCCGAGGACUCUGGGAUGGAGGAAGACUUCCAGGUGCCGGCCACACCCAUGAACAGUCUGGUGGAGGGCUGUCCACUGGACGCCGGCCUGCCCCAGAUCAGCGCGGAAGCCAUUUUGGAGAAGUUCAGCUGCAUGGUAGGGGAAGCAGGGGGUAAUAAAGAUGUCAGCUGGCCAGGUGAUCAAUAACCUUCUGUUGAUGCCUUUAAAUCCUAGUGCCCCUGGCUCUCUGUCCGCGUGCACUGCAACCCAACCAAAAGACUAUAAGGAGUGUUCAAACUCAGAAGCAUAUCAAUCAAUUGUAUGUUUCAUAAGGGACAUCUCAUAGCGGAUUAUAAUGACAAUCCAAGGGGCCAUGUACAGUAACUCACUCACUGGUUAUAUAGCAAUCCAAGGUUUUCUAUCAGCAGCUCCGGUGAUUGACUGGAAACAGGGUUGUGUUCAGGAGGAACAAAACCGCCCAAAACGGAGUGAAGCAGGGAGGUACCAUCUUAAUUUAUCUAAUAAGAAAUGCUUGUUUUUGUUUUCCGUUGCAAAACGUUUUGCUACGGUGUGCCCAAAUGAACACAACCCUGGACUGCCGUAGCCAUCAAACUGAUCACCAACUUCUUAUGGAUGCUUUACUCAAGUCAGGACUAACAACACCAUUACGAAGGAUAGGACAUCCUUCUAAAAUGACUGGCAAACCGGAUGAAAAAAGCAUGACUUGUACCUUCGAAGACUCCAGACAACAAUGAAGGUUCAAUUGUGUUUUCUCUCUGUAUCCCAUCUGAGUACAUGGGACUGCCUCAUUGGUUAGUGCCAUCUCCAAGUGUAGGGGGAGUAGAUUGGACAUUUGGAGAAUACAUGAUGGACUAAUGUAAUGAAUCUUUGAAAGGCCUAUUUCAAUGUCACAGGCAUUUGAGUGAAGCUUUAUUUUGAGGAGAAUAUUGCCCUGGAUAAUGACUUUAUCCAUUUUUGCAGCAUGUGUUUCAGUAGUCCUGGUCAUUGAAAACUGCAGAGUUUGCUGUUUUUUAGUGCAACUUAUCUAUGUACAGCUUCAGUAAGGAGUUUUUGUGCUGAUGAUUGAGCACGUGAUAUCUACUGGCAUGUGUGUGCGAGCGCGUGUGUGUCUGUCUGUCUGUGUGUGUCUGGAGUUCUUGGUUAGCGUGAUGUCAUGAUGACAUUAUCAUCAGGGUUGUUUCAGUCCAUAGUUCUCCUCAUUGUCGGUAUCCAUCUGGAAAAUAACGAAGAGAGAGAGGUGGAGAGAUACAUACCAGAUGCCGGAUGCAACUCUGCUGUUCAUUCAUGCAUAUGAACUGCCUGCCCCCAGUCAGAUCUCGAAAAUUGCAGGUUUCCUUUUUUUUCUUUUUAGUCAUGAAUCUUGUUCUGGAGGCAGCUCUGCAGAGUGGUCACUAGCUGGCACAGCCACAAAGUCAUACCUAACCUUAACCCUAAUCACACUGCUAACCCAAAUGCAUAAACCUAAACUUAAAUUAAGAUCAAAACCCUUUUUGUUUUCAUGAAUUUGUACAAUAUAGACAUUUUUGAGUGUGAGGCUGGCCCAUCUACCGGAAAUCACAUAGUUUUGCCUCAAGGACAAGACUCAUCCCAAUAAAUGUUUACCUGUGCUAAAUUCUCUCUCUCUCUCUCUCUCUCUCUCUCUCUCUCUCUCUCUCUCUCUCUCUCUCUCUCUCUCUCUCUCUCUCUCUCUCUCACAGGUUUUUCUGAGAUUUAGAUCUCAAAGCUACUUCAGCUGCCCAAAUAUACACAAAUCUUAUGUGGAAUUUAUCGUCUAGUUUAUCGUCUAGAUUUAUUUAGGGAUUACCAUUGAUUAUGUCAUCCUAAUGAAAUCAUAACAUUUUGAGAACAAAUGAAGUGAUGCAGAGGUUGACUUCAUGCAUACAAUUUUGCGCUGAAUUUUGUUGGGCAUGUUAUUCCUGCAUUACAAAAAACAGUGAUACGUUUCUAUUAAUACCCCCCUUUGUAUUUUUGAGUUACCAGACAUUUGCCUGUUCCCAGAUCUGUUUGUGCUCUUGCCAACUCUUAUCAUCAGAGUUGACUAUACAGCAUCAACAGAUCUGGGCUACUGAUGAAUUGCUCUGAUGAUGGUAUCUGAUCUGGAAUCUGUGUCGCAUACCCCAGAGAGCCUUGUGGCGGUUCAUUUGAGGAAACAUUACUGCAUUAGUGCAGAUGUCUGCUUCAUUAGCUGUCGGUAGUUGGGCCCGAGGAGUAGGUUUGAACUUACUGUACCACAGAGAUGUGCAUACACCCCUAGGAAAACCCACAUACAGAUGAAUGCAUAGACACAAACACAUUAGACAGUGGCCUGAUUCCAUUUCAGUCACUAGUCUCUUCCUUUAGCUCUACCAUUUCAGUGUUCCCAGAUCACAAGGAUUCGAUAGGUCUAAGUAAGUGAUAAGAUGAUGGUUCCUACCUUGUUCGAUAGGGUAUGUGAAGGUUCUACCAUACACUCACCUAUCCAGUCCUUUUGCAUCGUGGAACUUCAAACUCUGAGAAUAAUGGAGGGCAGCACAGACUAAAUUGGAAUCCUGCUAGUCUAGCUGGAACUUCAGCUUUGUUAGAAUUCCCAGAUUUGAUUUAAUAUGUCUUUGACCGCAGAAAACAUCUGAGAAUGUUGACUAGCCCUGUGCUGAACCAUUUAAUGAAGAUAUUAAAUGAAGAUAGCAUAGUUGAUUAUACCACUUGAUUAUAUAAAUCAACCAUGUAGUUUCAUUGAUUUAUUCUCUACAUCACAGCGAGAAGGUGUGUUCUGUCACAUAGUUUAUAGUAAAAGAAUAUGUUGUGUCUAGGCUAGAAUGGUAUUGAUAGUGAGUUUUCUAUUAAACAUACUCUGAAAGAUGAUUAUAUUGAGCCUCAGGUAUUAAGGAUUUGGCAAUGCUUGGCUUGUAAAAAAAUCCCUUGUGCUAAUUAUGUUUUGUCCUUCUUCUUUAUCUCCAAAUAUACUUUUUGUUGAAAUGUUUCAUGGGAAAUGUAGCUUAUGUGGUGGACAGUGUAAUGGCUCAGUGACUCUGCAGUUUCAUGUGAACACUAAAACGAGUUUGUUUCUCCCACACCAUUUGUCAUGAUUACAUGUUUUAGUAAACACUCUUGUCACUGCGGUGUUCUAAUUUUCCCAGGCCUUUAAUUAAGGUUGGAAAUGUUAGCUUGCUGGACUUGUUUAGCUUCUCAACAGGUUGAAUGACAACAAGUAAUUGACAAUGUUGUUUCUUUAACCCAAACUGGUUCCCUUUUUCAGUUUCUCACGGCUUUAAUCCAAAGAUGCCCUCCUCAACCCCUCUACAUGCAGUUCCUUUCAGUAGUUUUGUGAAUUGUAUGCAGGACAAUCGGGAUACAACUUAUCUUUUAUUCAAGUACGCAAUGUGAAAAAAGUGUUUGCUAUGUGGUUUCUGAAUGCGAAACCACAUGUAUGACAAGAUUAUAAGAGAAAAUGUUCAACUAUGCACUUCUAUUAAAAAAAAAAUGGAUUUGAA